AUGGCAAUAGAUUAUUUCAUGAAGUGGGUUGAAGCUGUUCCUCUGAUAAAGGUUGGGCAAAAUGAAAUAAUAGAUUUCAUUGAGGAAUAUAUAAUUCAUCGAUCUGGAAUUCCUAAAACACUAAGUACUGAUCAAGGGACUAUGUUCACUGGUCAACGAAUUAAGAAUUUCGCAGCCUCAAGGAACAUUAAUAUGAUUGGAAAUAGACCUCGAACUUGGCAUGAGACUUUGAGCCAAAUAUUGUGGGCUUAUCGAAACUCACCAAGGGGAUCAACAGGCACUUCUCCUUAUAAAUUGGUAUACGGGCACGAUGCAGUUUUGCCAUUAGAAAUUAAUCUCAACACUAUGAGAAUUUCAAGGCAAGAUGAUUUACCAGUCGAUGAUUAUUAG